GCCGACUCUCGCACGAUAUGAGGCAAGUGCUAAGCAGAAACUGGGAAGUAUGCACGCGAAACUGCAGAAGCAAUACACCCUGAUUCACGAGCAGGAACAGGAGCACAGAAGACAGGCCAACCUGAACGCAUUUCAAUCCUGGUGUCCUGAUACUGCUCUUCUAGCGGAGCAUCUUUCAUCACUCAGUCGGGUGAUCUCUGAUCUUCGAGCUCACACAGAGCCCGGGAGCAGAUACUCAGGAUUGGUCGAGACCUUUGAAACGUGGGCAGACCGCGCGGAGUCCAUCUUGAUGGAUGCCCAUCCCGGAGCAGCGUUCAUCGAAGCACUCCCUGAGUCAUGGAGAGCGACGCAUACUUCACUGGCGUUGAACAUGCGGUCUAUACAGCGUGAUAUCAGCAUGCUUCCUCCACUCCCGCCAAGAAGUGAUGCCGAGGACCCUUCAAGCUUGGAAAUCAUGAUCGACGAUUGUGUUUUACUGGUUGACGGCAUGCUCAAAGAAUUAGAAGUGAUGACCAAGCUUCAAAAGGAGGUUUUGCAGCGAGGGAAAGCUCGCAUCGACGAGCAGAUCAACGCAUUAAUGUCGACCGGAGUCGAGAAUCGCGCACAAGAGAAGGAAAAUUGGCAGCCGGCGUGGCUCAAUGGUGGCUGAAGGAAGAGGAGCGAUGAUUGUGUGGGAUGAUGAGUUGAUGAGUGGCUCUUCCCGGCAGAGUGAUUGAGAUCUUAAUUGUUUACGAGCUAGCGAAGAUACCCCACGUAUGACCGAUUCGACA